CGGCGCCCCCGCGCGGAGUCCGAGCGUCAGUCGGUCCCGAGAGCGGCUUUGGGGCGGCAGGCGGCGGCCAGCGGUGCGCGCCGACCCGGGGAGCCGGCGGUGUCCGCGGGCGUCGCGUGAGGAGGCUCGCAGCCCGAAGACUCGCGCAGCGCGAUGGCACCCAUCGGCCUCAAAGCCGUGGUCGGAGAGAAGAUCAUGCAUGAUGUGAUAAAGAAGGUAAAGAAGAAGGGGGAGUGGAAGGUGCUGGUGGUCGAUCAGCUGAGCAUGAGGAUGCUCUCCUCCUGCUGUAAGAUGACGGACAUCAUGACCGAGGGGAUAACAAUUGUGGAAGAUAUCAACAAGUGCAGGGAGCCGCUGCCCAGCCUGGAGGCUGUGUACCUCAUCACUCCGUCAGAGAAGUCUAUCCGCUCCCUCAUGAAUGACUUUAAGGACCCACCGACUGCUAAGUACCGGGCUGCCCAUGUCUUCUUCACGGACUCUUGUCCAGAUGCCUUGUUUAACGAGCUGGUAAAAUCUCGAGCAGCCAAAGUCAUCAAGACUCUGACGGAAAUCAACAUUGCGUUUCUCCCCUACGAGUCCCAGGUGUAUUCCCUGGACUCGGCUGACUCUUUCCAGAGCUUCUACAGUCCCCACAAGGCUCAGAUGAAGAAUCCUAUACUAGAGCGCCUGGCAGAGCAGAUCGCAACUCUGUGUGCCACCCUGAAGGAGUACCCAGCCGUGCGGUAUCGUGGGGAGUACAAGGACAAUGCGCUGCUGGCCCAGCUAAUCCAGGACAAGCUCGACGCCUACAAAGCCGAUGACCCCACCAUGGGCGAGGGCCCAGACAAGGCUCGCUCCCAGCUCCUGAUCCUGGACCGCGGAUUCGACCCCAGUUCCCCUGUCCUUCAUGAGCUGACCUUUCAGGCUAUGAGUUACGAUCUGCUGCCUAUCGAGAAUGACGUGUACAAGUAUGAGACGAGCGGCAUCGGAGAGGCGCGAGUGAAGGAAGUGCUUCUGGACGAGGACGACGACCUCUGGAUAACGCUGCGCCACAAGCACAUCGCAGAGGUGUCCCAGGAAGUGACCCGUUCUCUGAAAGAUUUUUCUUCCAGCAAGAGAAUGAACACUGGGGAGAAGACCACCAUGCGGGACCUGUCCCAGAUGCUGAAGAAAAUGCCCCAGUACCAGAAAGAGCUCAGCAAGUACUCCACCCACCUGCAUCUUGCCGAGGACUGCAUGAAGCAUUAUCAAGGCACCGUGGAUAAGCUCUGCCGGGUGGAGCAGGACCUGGCCAUGGGCACGGAUGCUGAAGGCGAGAAGAUCAAAGACCCCAUGAGAGCCAUCGUCCCCAUUCUGCUGGAUGCAAAUGUCAGCACUUACGACAAAAUCCGCAUCAUCCUCCUCUACAUCUUUCUCAAGAAUGGCAUCACUGAGGAAAACCUGAACAAGCUGAUCCAGCACGCCCAGAUCCCCCCGGAGGACAGCGAGAUCAUCACCAACAUGGCGCACCUGGGCGUGCCCAUCGUCACCGACUCUACGUUGCGUCGCAGGAGCAAGCCAGAACGGAAGGAGCGCAUCAGUGAGCAGACCUACCAGCUGUCACGAUGGACCCCGAUUAUUAAAGACAUCAUGGAGGACACCAUUGAGGACAAACUCGAUACCAAGCACUACCCUUACAUCUCUACCCGCUCCUCUGCCUCCUUCAGCACCACCGCUGUCAGCGCCCGCUAUGGGCACUGGCAUAAGAACAAGGCCCCGGGCGAGUACCGCAGUGGUCCCCGCCUCAUCAUUUUCAUCCUGGGAGGCGUGAGCCUGAGCGAGAUGCGCUGCGCCUACGAGGUGACCCAGGCCAACGGCAAGUGGGAAGUGCUGAUAGGAUCCACGCAGAUUCUCACCCCACAAAAACUGCUGGACACGCUGAAGAAACUGAAUAAAACAGAUGAAGAAAUAAGCACUUAAAACAAUAAGCUGCCCCUCCAAAAAGCGAGCCCUCUGCCCCCUGCUCUGCAGCCCUGCCGCUGCCCGCAGUGGCUCCUUUGCUGACCCUCUGCCCCUCCCUGCCUCCCCGCUCUGCACGCCCUAGUCGGCGCUGUUGCCGCUGCGUUCUCGUGUUUAAUGAUGCCCUCUUCUCUUUGAAGCAAAAGAAAAUAAUGCAUUGUGUUUUUUAAAAAGACUAUCUUCUCUACGUGCCCUGAGAGGAGAGGUUCGUGUGUAAGUGGCACGCUGCUGGAGAAGUUUUGGGACUGUUCAGAAUGAAUGGACACCUUCUCCCCAUUAGUUAUGAUUCCGUGACCUUGUACAUAACCUGGUGCGACACGUGCAGAUUGCUUGAGUAUGGGAAGGCAGAUGCUUGAGUGUUUUUAAAAACCUGUCUUGGGUUGUUUCUGUUCUUAUUGGGACGCAGAUGUCUGUUCCGGGAGUAUUUCACACUGAGGCUCGCUCUGUCCUCUUCACUCGGGUCCCCGCCCCAGUGCCUGCUCUCAUCAGGCAGGCUGGGCAGUGAGGACCAGGUGGCAUCUCGGAGGCUGGAGCCAGAAUCCACCUCUUUGCUUUCCUCGGUGGCCCAUAUCCCCAGUGCUGUGGCUGUGGCUGUGGCUGUGGCUGUGGCUGUGGGUGGGGCUGGUGUUCAGCUUGUCCCUGCGCCCUCCCUGGCUGCAUCCACAGCACAGUGACCCUGAGGGAAGUCGCUCUGUGGUCUAAGUCACUGUGCCCAGACCAGUGAGGAGCAAGCUCCCCCUGGAGACUUUGGUCGCCAGAAGGGGUUAGGCCUGAUCUUUUGAUCAGAGAAACUCUUUCUUAGUGGGGUCAGCCUGGGAGAGCUCAGGGGUCAGGAAUGGACUAGGACAGAGUGGGCUCUGCAGGAUGCUGUCAGAGGGCCUUCCCUGUAGAGAGGGCCCGCCCCCUAAGACGUCCGAUGGCCGGAAUCAUAGCCCAAUGGAUUUAUACCGACCUUUGCCCACUCAGAUGAUCCUCAGUGGAAGAUACUUCCUAAUAUCUUAUUUUUUUGUAGUGCAGGGUCAUAUGUUGUUGUGCUUGUAAGAGAAAAUGAUCAUUUUAUUCCCUGUAUAAAAACCUAGCUGUAUAAAACUUAGCUCUAAGGCGAAACUUAAAGAAGCAAAUGCAGGCAGGAUGUCUCAUCAUCCUCAAGACUCAGCAGUUCUCGUUCUCGGGAGUGAGCACACUGUUCUGCUGCUGUUGUCAUGAAAUAUAAUGACAGUGGAAGUCACAAAAAUGUCCCCUGUCCAGCCCCCGCCACCCUUUUACUCCUGCAGACCGCGUGUAUAUUACUGUCUCGUGAUGUCGUUGCAAACGUGGUGUGUGCUAGUUUAACUCGCCCGCUCUCCUUUCAGAACUUGUUCCUCGCCCGCCCGGUAGAUGCCUGUGGUGUUCUCUCCUCACGGCCUGGAAACCUCUCUCCCCUUUGCACUCAGAUUAGUUUUCAGGUCUGUCUCCCCUCGCCCCUCACGAUACCUUAUUUCCUUAGGACAGAACUGUAGGCACUUGCAUUGGUUGGUUUCUUACUGUUACUGCUUGUUUUGUCCCCUCCCCGUGACCAAUGCUCACGCUUCAGGACUUUGUUUGUCGAACAUGUUGGUUUCCUUUUCUCUGUUAUUUAUAGAAAAAUAAUUUAUCAAAAGGAUAUUUUAAAAAUCUAGUCUGUCUUGAAACUUGUUUACCUUGAAAUUAUCAGAAUUUCAGUGUUUGAAAGUAUCGAAGCACAAACAUGUAUCAUCUCUGUACUGUUCUGUACUGAAGUACUUGAGUCUAAUAAAUAAAUAAUUCGGCGCCCAUUCAUGGUGUCCA